AUGUCUGUCUCCGCGAGGUAUACGCGAUACCUGGUGUUUGCCUUGGUGGGAUUGACAUUCUUCUACCUCGUCUCCCGAUCAUCUCUCCAGAUUCCAACUAGCUCCUCCUUUGCCCCACCCCCUCCUACAUAUGAAGAGGUCAAGGAGGGAAAAACACAAACGGCCGUUUCCACAUCCAAUGAAAGAGUGAACGCCACUUUUGUUACUCUCGCCCGUAACUCCGACAUUUGGGAAAUUGCCAAGUCCAUCCGCACCGUUGAGGACCGUUUCAACCGCAACUUCCAUUAUGACUGGGUAUUUCUGAAUGAUAACGAGUUUGACGACGAAUUCAAGAAGCUCACGACCGCACUGGUGUCUGGCACUACCCACUACGGCGUCAUUCCUAAGGAGCACUGGUCAUACCCGGAAUGGAUUGACGAGGACAAAGCGCGUGCUGCGCGCCUGGAGAUGGGUCGCAAGAAGAUUAUCUACGGUGACUCCGAGAGUUAUCGCCACAUGUGCCGCUACGAGUCUGGAUUCUUCUUCCGUCAUGAGUUGAUGAUGAACUAUGAGUACUACUGGCGCGUGGAGCCUAGCAUUGAGCUCUUCUGCGAUGUUCCCGGGGACCCAUUCCGAUUCAUGAAGGAGAACAACAAGAAGUACAGCUUCGUGAUCAGUCUGUAUGAGUACAUCGAGACCAUCCCCACCCUGUGGGAUAGUGUCAAGGGCUUCAUGAAGAGUCACCCGGAGCAUAUCGCUGAAGGCAACGCCAUGGACUUUAUCAGUGAGGAUGGUGGUGAGAGCUAUAACAAGUGUCACUUCUGGUCCAACUUUGAAAUUGGCAGCCUGGAAUGGCUGCGGUCCGACCAAUACAUUGACUACUUCACCACCCUGGACAAAGAUGGUGGAUUCUUCUACGAACGAUGGGGUGAUGCACCAGUCCACUCGAUUGCUGCCUCGAUUAUGCUCAAGUCGGAAGAAAUUCAUUUCUGGAAUGAAAUUGCCUACUAUCACGUUCCAUUUACCCAUUGCCCAAGCAGUGAGAAGACGAGGCUGGAUCUUCGCUGCCACUGCAAGCCCUCUGAGAACUUCGACUGGGCAGGCUACUCAUGCACAAAACGAUGGUUUGACGUGAACAAGUUGCAGAAACCAGAUGGCUGGGACUCGCAGCAGUGA